AUGAAAGUUAAACCAAAUGAUUUACUUGCGUACAGUGUAAGUAUCGAACAGGCUGACAAAUAUGCUGCUUAUCUAGCAACGGCAGUAAGUACAUCAGAUAAAAAUAACAUCACACUCUGUAUAUGUACGGAACAAAACACUUUUGAUACGGACAGAAUCGUUGAGGAGGUAACCAAUUGGCAUAAAUAUCAUGGGUAUGGAAAAAUGCAAUGUUAUGAAACAGUUCAAUGUGAUUCAGGUUUACGGUGUUUGGAUUGGCGAGAUAUUUGUGAUGGUAAGCAACAAUGCAUGUUCGGUGUUGAUGAAGAUAAUUAUGAUUUACUUGAAUUCAAUGAAUGUGAACCAGAUGAAUAUCGUUGCAGCAAUGGGAUGUGCAUUCCACAGGAAUACUUUCUCGACGGAGCAUUUGAUUGCAUGGACUUGACUGAUGAAAUCCUCAGAAAAAGUGUUAGUUUAGAAAAAGUUGACCAGACUCGAUUUCAAUGUUAUUUCGGUGCAUUACAUUUUAUUUGCGAUGAGAGCUUGUGCACUCGGGAUAAGGCAUCAUGUGGUGAUGGUCAAUGUUCAUUGUUAAUAAAUAUAUUCUAUGACGAUCCAAUGGUGUUUAGGAGUGCUACAUGUGCCAAUUUAAACGAAUAUAUUUACAAAUGUGAAACAUAUCCUCAUAUGUCUAUGUGGACAAAACCAGAUGGUAUGUGUGAAAUAAAGGACAUAUAUGAAACAGAGUUUAUUAAUCGUACAAAUAAAACAGAGUACUGCCAGUAUUUGGUUAAAUGUGCUUUAUCGAAGGGUUUCGAACGAUACUGCCCUUGUUCAUACAACUGUUCUGAACUAAUUCAGCAACACUGUC